AACGUCGUUGGCGAGGCCGAAAGAACAAAUCGAGGCGACUGUUUGGAAGCGCUUCCUUUUAGUUGUCAACAAGGAAUGUGAAUGGGUACGGAAUAGUAGCUCUUAGCAGUAAAUGGUGCUCAAUCCGAUUGGGAAACACUUUGUUGAACAAAUGACCAUGUCUGUUCUGUAGUGUCACCUUGGUCAGAUAAACCUUUUAAUUGAAGACAGAUGUGGAUUGAGUGAUACUCCUGUCAUCAAGUCUGAGAACAUCCAUGUGUAUAAUCUUCUUAAAGUUCGAUCCCCGGCCUGCAUCCAAAAAUGCCUACAGGCUAAUUUUGGCUGCAAAUAGAGAUGAGUUUUACAACAGACCAUCCAAAGCUGCAGACUUCUGGGGGACCAACAGUGAGAUCCUCAGUGGUCUGGACCUAGAGUAUGGUAAAGAAGGUGGAUCAUGGCUAGGAAUUAGCAAGAGGGGCAAGCUGGCUGCCAUCACAAACUACAUGGAAGGACAUCCUAACUCUAAUGCACAAGGAAGAGGGUUUCUUGUAUCUAACUACCUUAUGGAUAAGGAUGUAGACAGCUUCUCCUACCUGAAGAAGAUCUCUGCAGAAGGCCACCUGUACAACGGCUUCAAUCUCAUUACAGCUGAGUUCAAAGUCAAACAAGACACUGUGUGUUACUAUGGAAACAGAGGCAGCUCUGAACCAAUCCGUCUGAAUCCAGCAGGAAUCUAUGGCUUAAGUAAUUCCCUCCUGGAUACCCCGUGGAAGAAGCUGCUGAAAGGCAAGCAGCUCUUCACUAGUAUCGUCAAUGACCAGUCACUGUCCUGCGAUGGACUAGUCCAAGAGCUGCUCAACGUCCUUAAUAAUGAGGAGCUGAACACACCUGACCCUAUUCAAGAGAAGCAGGGUGACGGUUACAGCAAGUCCUUGAUCCAGGCUCUGUCAGCCGUAUGUGUCCGCUCUCCUCAUUAUGGCACAAGGACCAACACGAUAAUCCUGAUAGAUGCAGAAGGGAACGUCACCUUCACAGAGCGCACAAUGCUCGACUUUGACACGAGCAAAUGGAGCACCAAUUCUUUUCAGUUCAACCUCCAGGCAUGAAGACAUAGUGAGAGGAGACCCACUCUGUGCCUUUCUGCAACACCUGCCCUUCCAUCCCUCCGUCGGCCACUCUGCUGCAGCUGCCCUUCCCUUUUUCAGUGCAAUGAGCAGGAAAACUUGUCUGCACAUUUUCUUCAGCUAGACGCUAGCUGCUUCAUUUACAUCAGCAACAUGAAUUAUCUGUCCUUGAUUUGAUUUGAAAUGUUUUUUUAAGUGUGCUAAUUUAAAUAAAUUGCCAAAGGACAAUUACAUUUUUAUGAAUAAAAAUGUUCUAUUUUCAUGUCACAGAACAAACUUGUUGGGAUUCUCAAGAAUGUCUUAUUUAUUGUUAUAUUAUGGUUACCACAAAAUCCUUGUGAUUCAUUCUAAUGUUGGAGUCAGACUGUUUAACAUUAAAUCUAUAUUACUGUCAAAAAAUA